AUGACAACUACAACAACAAGUUUAAAGGUGGGAGAGGUUGCUUUGUGUAGCCUUGACAGAUUGAGACCAACUCAAUGUGCAGCUGGUAUGGCACAUGUAAUGAGAAAGGUCGAUGAACUAAAGACACUCAAACAAUCAAAGGGCAAUGACCAAGUUGUUCAAUUCCUUCAAGCACAUCCCGCCCCAGUCGUACUCAAGAACCAUGACAUCUAUCUCAUUGACAACCAUCAUCUGUGCAGAGCUCUGUAUGAGCUGAGAGGCGAGUUCUUUAGUGACCUCGACUUUAAGAGCGAUACUGCUACUUCUACAGCACCAAGAUGCUUUGUAAAGGUGGUCAGUGAUCUCUCGGCGAUGGACACAGAGUCAUUUUGGAAGAAGAUGGAUGAUGAGAGAUGGGUACAUCCUUAUGAUCACAAUGGCAAGGGUCCAGUACCAUUCAAUCACAUACCUACACAUAUCAAGGAUUUGAAAGAUGACAUCUGGCGAAGUGUUGCUGCAUUGGUCAAGAUACAAGGUGGCUUCAAGAAGACUAUGAUACCAUACGCAGAGUUCCAAUGGGCCAACUUCUUCAGAGAGAAUGGAAACAAUGGUGGCAGCACAUGCACUGGCGACGACAAACAAGCAUUCCAAGAGAUUGUCAACAAGUCAAUGGAGUUGGCACAGGACAAGAGUGCAUCACAUCUGCCUGGCUACACUGGU